GCUGGCUUCCUCCUGGCCACUCGCGGGGGUGAGGGGAAGCCGGAGGAGCCCGGGAGGAAGCGGAGGAGGGAGCGGGAGGCGGCGGCGUUGGGUCCCGGCGGCCUCCGGCAGGACUGACAGCUGAGAAGCCGGAAGGCAGGCGCGCGCGGCGGAGAGGCGGGCGGGAGGCCGAUUUCACCUCUCUUGAGUUAUCUUGUAGGGGGGAAGCAUACACAGCCAUACAAAGGAGGUUAUUUAAUGAGAAGUGCCAUAGACUGAAAAGCGAAACAUGAGGGUAGCAGGCGCUGCAAAGUUGGUGGUGGCUGUGGCCGUGUUUUUACUGACAUUUUAUGUUAUUUCUCAAGUAUUUGAAAUAAAAAUGGAUGCAAGUUUAGGAAGUCUAUUUGCAAGGUCAGCAUUGGACACAGCGGUGCGCUCUACAAAACCUCCCAGAUAUAAAUGUGGAAUCUCAAAAGCUUGCCCUGAGAAGCACUUUGCUUUUAAAAUGGCAAGUGGAGCAGCCAAUGUGGUGGGACCCAAAAUCUGUCUGGAAGACAACGUUUUAAUGAGUGGUGUUAAGAAUAACGUUGGAAGAGGGAUCAAUGUUGCCUUGGCAAAUGGAAAAACAGGAGAAGUAUUAGACACCAAAUAUUUUGACAUGUGGGGAGGAGAUGUGGCCCCGUUUAUUGAGUUUCUGAAGUCCAUACAAGACGGAACAAUAGUCUUAAUGGGAACAUAUGAUGAUGGCGCUACCAAACUCAAUGAUGAGGCACGGCGGCUCAUUGCUGAAUUGGGGAGCACAUCUAUUACUAAUCUUGGUUUUAGAGACAACUGGGUCUUCUGUGGUGGGAAAGGCAUUAAGACGAAAAGCCCCUUUGAACAGCACAUCAAGAACAACAAGGACACAAACAAAUACGAAGGAUGGCCCGAAGUUGUCGAGAUGGAAGGAUGCAUCCCCCAGAAGCAAGACUGAGGGAGAGGAAGUUGAAGGCGACGCACUUUGACCAUUAAUGACGGAGCUGUGACAGAGAAGCUGUGUGUAAAUACUUUAAGAGCAUGCAACCGUCUAGGUGUGUGCAUGAGCAGUAUCUCUUUUGAUAUCAGGAUUAUUUAUUGCUAACGUAAAUAGAUGCCUUUGUAAAUAGUCAUCAUAAUGAACAAAUCACAACCAUUUCUAAGCACAUUUCCAUAAUAAUAGUAUAGUGAUUAGAGUGGUACAGUAAUGACAUCUUUUAAUUCUAAAAGCAUACCCAAUGGAUAACUCAACCGAUUGUGAAAAAUAUACUGAUACAUAUACUGGUUGCUAUGAAAACCUAUCAUGGAAUAAUAUGGAUUUUAGGGAGGAGACAUUUUUUCUUUUAUAUGCAUAUCUAUCUAUUUAUCUAUAUAUAGAUAGAUAGCUUUUUUAAUGAUAGUAUCUUCUAAAUUAAAAAGAUAUUUGGCUAGUUGUGUGUGUAAUGUUACUUUGCAGUCUGAUUCCCUGCUUUACCUUUUUUCUUAGUCUUUCUCUUCUCUUCCCAAAAAACCUAGAAAUAAAGUGAUAUGAAAACCUGUAUCAGAUAUGUGAAAAGCACAACAAAGUUAUUUUUUUUAAUGUACGCAGUAAAAAAGUACCUAUCGAAAUGUAGAUGGAGUCCCGGACUGUAGUUUGCGGGCUUCGUGGUAGCAGUGUGAGUAAGGACCUGGCAGAAGCUGCUUAGAGCGAGGCUGGGGGCGGCUGCCCCGCGGAUCCGGGGAAGCUGGCCGUGUCCCUUCCCGUCCCAACCAGGAAGUGCAGGACAGCCGGGGCGGGUAUGUAGAGCAAGGCUGGCAUAGAUUUCCUCAUUGAAUGUUGGCGGCAUUGGCCAAAUGGUUUGGAAAGAGGCAUGCUUUAAUAUCACAAUUAUUUUGAUGAUCAACCAAGAAAUACAAUUCUGUGUUUACUUCAUCUAACUUUGUGAUAGCAACGUAUGCCUGAAGAUACAAGGACUUAGAAAAGUCCUAAGUACUGCGUGGAGUGAUACCAUUUAAAAAAUAAUUUUAUUUGAUCCCAGAUGACUUCAUACUCAAUUCUACAUAAAAUUUUGUUAACUUGAGACGUUCACUAAAUGACUCAAGGUAUACGCGCACACACAUAUAUACACACACUUUUAGGGUGUUAAAUACCUAUUGUGCGUGAAGUAUCAUAAACUGGAACAUAAAUUAAUGAUCAAACUGCUAUUCACAAUAAAAGGCGACACUUAAAUUUUGAAUAUAAAUUUUAGACGACUUGUAUUAAAAAACUAAAGGCAGUAUUUUUAUUUUGCUAUAAACCAACUUGGAAGCUGUUUAGCUAUUUCUUAAAUAUUAAUGAGCCUUGGGGUACUGGUUCUUCUCAAACUGAAUGUAAUUCAAGAAUAAAUGCACCUUAUACAUUUAAGGAAUUUUUGUAAAUUUUUCAGAUUUUUGGUGCUCCUAUGCUAAGUCACAUUCAGCAUGUAUAUUUUGACACUUAAAGUACUUCUUUAGAUGAUGUAAAUGAAAAGAAUAGCUAUUUUCUAGUUCCAGGAAUGGUGAAUUGAUGUUUCAUUUUUGCAUUUUUUUUUAAAUAAUGGAAAUACUCUUGGUUUUGCGUUGUGAAUUGUUCUGUUGUAUCACCUGGCCGAGUAACCUGCCUACGGAACUUCACAGUAAUGUGUGUCAAGCAUUUAUUGCCCUGCUCAAUGUGGAACCUUUAGGACCUUCCAGUGCUUAACCACACUGAUAUCCUCGGGAUCUGUGUAUAGAAUUCAAGUGUCCAGGUGGCAGGACCUCCCUUUCAUGGUGAAAAGUGUAAAGUGACAGCCUGGGAAGUUGUACAGAGUGUCACAAGGAGUCACGGAGGUCGGGUCUGCGGCGGCGGCGGCACAGUUUCUUUUGUGUCACUUCUCUCACGCGUAGAUGGUGCCGACCUCAGAAGCAAUAAUUUUCCCACACUUCAUUUUCAGGUGUCUUGUGAAAGUCUGCAUUGUAAUUGUAACGAUGUUCAUUUAAGGUUAAGAAUUUUCUUUAUUAAAAUUAGAAAUUUGGCAUUGACGUUUUGGUGUAUUAAAUGGUGUAUGAGGACUUUGGGAUGCAUAUUUUUUAUUUGAAAUCACAGAUCUUUUUUUCCAGAACAAGUGUAUUAUAGUAUGCCUAUUAAAGUCAAGCUAAGACAAUAGGAAAAUCAGUGAUAUUGAGGGAAUUAAAGGAAAAUUGAGCCAGAGUCUUUAUAUCCCUGACAUUAAAUUGAUUAAAGUUUAUCAUUGUUCGGUCUA